GUGCUGAGAAGUUCAGUAAAUAUUGUUGUUGAGCUGCAUCAACGCAGCAUUGGACGCUGAUUGCGCCAAAGCAAGGUUACCCGAGGAGCGAGGAAGCCUGUCCAUACAGAAGGAGCGUUUUUGAAGGCUCAAAAACAUUUGUUGAACGUUUCUCUAAGAUUAUUUUUCAGUUCCUUACUUACAAAGUGCUGAAAAUAAAGCGGCACCUUGCACCACCUUGCAAACAACCAGUUCAGAAAGAGAUGCAAGCUGCAACUAUCGGGGCGCCUUCAAGUGCAGGCGAACCGGCUCCCCAUCGUCCAUCAUCACCCUCAGAUGUGCCCCAUGUCUUGCAUUUUGUCUUCUCAUUGGUCAGCGCAAGAGACCGCUGCGCUGCUGCAUGCGUCUGCAAAGAAUGGAGGUCGAUUGUGUACCACCCGUCUCUGUGGAAGAGCCUUGAUCUGCAAGGGAAGCGGAAUGGGGGCACCGUUUCAAACGCAGUGACCAGUCAGCGCCGCUUUCGCGACCUGGAGGAUCUGAACCUGGAGUUUGCUCAAGGGGUGGAGGACGAGCAUCUUCUGAGUCUCUCUGGUCAUUCUUUCCGGAGGCUGAAUCUGAACGCUUGCCAGAAGGUAACAGAUCAAGGAAUAAGCGGGCUGGUCUCCGCAUCUCCGCAGCUGGAGGCACUCUCUGUAUACUGGAAUCUGAAAGUCACGGAUGCGUCGAUGCUUGAGGUGGCUCGCAGCUGUCCAGACCUCACCUUUUUGAACAUCAGCGGAUGCAAGAAGAUAACCGAUGUUGGCGUGAAGGCAGUUGCGCGGGCCUGUCCUCGAUUGCAGACCUUCAAUCUCACAAGAGUGGUCGCCAUGACGGACGACGGCCUCUUAGAGGUGCUGCGCCAUUCCGGGCAGCUACAAGAGCUCUACCUUUACGCCCUUUCCAGUCUGACGGAUCGGUCCUAUUUAGAAACGCACCGGUUGCCUCACCUGCGGCUGCUUGACCUCUGCGGCGCCGCGAACCUUUCGGACGAGGGCGCUGCGUCCGUGGCUCAGUGUCACGAGCUGACGACACUGAACCUAACCUGGUGCGUGCGGUUGAUGGACCGCGGACUGUCCGCCAUCGCACACGGCUGUCCAAAGCUCGAGUCGCUCAGUUUGUACGGCAUCCUCGGGAUCACGGACAAAGCCGUCGAAGAGCUCGCUCAUCACUGCAGCGGAACGCUCCACACGCUGGACGUGAAUGGUUGCGUCAACGUCAAGCGGAGAUCUAAGGAGGACUUACUGCAACUCUUCCCUCUCCUUACGUGCUUCCUGGUCCAUAGCUGACGCCCUUCUUAAAGAGGUGCAGAAGCACUAGGUUUCGGGCAGAGCAAACUAGUAGCCGGGCCGGGUAUCAGUAGCCUAAGCUCCUACUGAAGAAUAACCAACUACGACCAUCGAGAAGUCAAAUCAGUCGCCGAGAAGUGCGCGAAACAACUGACCCCCCAGACGGACAUUCAACUUAGACUUGUAUGCGUUGUGCAUGAUCUUUGCGACUCCAC